GUACAUAAAUAAAAUCGAGAUGCGCAAUGACUGAUUAGCUAAACUUGUAUUACGAGGAUUUUCUUUAAGAAAAUUAGAUUAAAAAAUAUAUUUAAAAUUAUGGCUGGUACUAUGAGACAGCUGGAGGAGCGGCAGCUUGCUGCUGAAGUGACGACGAUGCUGUGGUCACCGAAAAUGGAUCUUUUGGCAAUUAGUAAUGUGAAAGGUGAAGUCGUCCUUCAUAGGCUCACCUGGCAAAGAGUCUGGUUGUUGAGCCCUCAGGAUGAAUCUGAUACAGUUGUCCAUCUGGCAUGGAGGCCCGAUGGCAAGCUUCUCGCAGUAUGCUAUGAGAUAUCCAAACUAUUCUGUCUCAUUGAUGUUGAAACUAAAAACAUUAUUCACAAAACUAAAUUGCCAACAAACGAAUCAAUUGUCUGUGUUAAAUGGUUGUCGCUGUCAGAAUAUGAAAAUCAAUUAGUGAAUGAUAAAACUAAUGAACCUACAGGCGAUUAUCUGCCACCUCUGCCCAGUUUAAUCAGAAGUUACAGCGCAGAGCCUGAACGCAAAGAAUUUUUGUCUCACAUUCUAGAUAUGCUCUUUAUCGGCCAGAAAAAUGGCACAGUCUUAAUGUACAUUUUUGGUAUGUUUUAUUGUGGUAUCAUAAAUAUAGGCCAUGGACCGAUUGUACAAAUUAUAGGUGGAUGUGGUGACCCAAUAUGGAUUACGUGGAGAGACAAUAAUUGUAUUAAAACAACUAGAGUAUCCUGUUCCCUACUUGAGAAGAGCAUAACAUUUCUCAAGGUUGCACAAAUUCAAGCUAAUGUAGAAUGUUUGAAAGACUAUCUCUCACGUACUUUAAUGGCCACUUGCGAAGCUUGGGAGACAAUACUUUUGGAAAUGGAUGAAAAACUCACGCGAUAUGCGGAAUCGAAUCCACCUGGUAGUAUGGCCGCAGACUUCUUAGAACUGUUAAUGAUCGGAAUACCUACAAAGAAUUUAGAACAUUUUCUACUUCGGGAUCUUACAGAGAAAGGGUUGAAAAAAUUUGGGCAUAGUAUUGAGAUGUGUUACAGUAAUAUACAGAAAUUGGUCUCAAAAAAUUUAACUAGCGUCGGUAUGGCCUUAGUUUAUCAGUUAGCCGAAUUAAGAGGCAUGGUAAGAGUAGGUGGCACGUACGAAGCGCUAGGGUUGCGCGACGAAACGCUCGUGACUAAUGCCAUUAAUGAAUCCGAGGCUUUCCUGGCAAAGUCAUAUGAAAUUGAGCAAGUUAUAGAUCAGAGUAUGCGCAAUUACAAAGCAUUUUUCCGAUGGUUGUACGUAGCUAUUCUCCAAUUAACAGAUGAAAAAGCACCAUCGGAAGUGAGCCGCGUAAGUCAGCAGGAAUUAACGUUCAUCGCCGAAUUUCUGAAUGGUUUUGACAAAAGCAUGCCGAGAACGAAUGGCAGGAUAAAUCUAGAAAAAUUAGGCCAAUAUCUGCGUCGCGAAAAUCUGCAAACACCGUUGACCUCGGAAGGAAGUGAAUGGGCCGCUUUGCUCGAGACGAAUGACUGCUUACGCAAUUAUGCGCAUAUAGUGAAGCAGGAUUUUAAUUUAUCUUUAUUACAGUCUCAUACAAAAUUAGUCACUGCUGUGGAAAAUGUUUUCGCAGAAGCUUAUCAGGGUUUAGUCGAGCAUUUUACAAUGGUUUCAAUCUCUCUACCGUCUUUUACAUCUCUCAUAUCCUCGCAGAUUGUAACGAACAACGGAAAUCUCUUAUUAGCUAUGAGUGAUGCUGACAACAAAAUUUUGAAACUUUUUAAUAUCGAAUAUUCAUCUACAGAACCUGCAUCUCUUGGUUCAAAGAUGGUUGCGAUAGAUGUGAAUCAUAAGCAAGGAGAAAGCACGGAUACUGUGAUAGUAGAUUUGCAAUUUUACUCACAAGAUUAUCUUAGUUUACUUAUAUUAAACAAACAGACUUAUGCAUCAUCUCUCUUGCAAGUGCCAUUGCAAAACAUACCUACCCUGUAUCAAGACAAUACGGUAACUUUGGUUGAUAUCAUUGGUGCAACAUGGCCAAAACCGUUUCAGGGAAUAUCCGCGAGACGACUAGCAGUUAGCGGUCCUCGAAAAGUAGCUGCUAUUUUAGCAGAAAAUAAUAGAAAGAUCCGUUUACUCGAGACUGAAGCAGAACCCGAUGAGGAAGAAGAUGAGGAAGAGGAAGUUUUAGAAAAUAUGGAUACACAUAUCCCCACAGAAUAAUAAUACAAAAACGGUCUAAAAUCGCCAGAAAAAAUUUUUUCGUACAUCAUUAUAAUACUUAUACUGCACGUAAGAUAUAUAUAAGAUAUAUAUACUAUAUUUUAAAUUAUUAUUAUGUUCAUUUUUAUAUGCCCCCCCUUCACUUUCAUUCGUAAAAUAUUGAUUAUUUUGAUUUAAAAUAUAUUCGAAUUUCACUAUCUACAUAAUAUAAUGCAAACAUUUGUAGCGCAAAUUUAGCAAGGAAAGAAAUUAAAUAAAAUAAUAUACAGAUAGUCCUCU